UGUAUAACUCACCGAUUCUCUCGCUCUGGUUAGAUGACCGAUUUUUUCGUUCAUUCUUUCCUGCAAUUCGGAGCCAUACGUAUGCCUACGCACUUCUCUCUCUCUCUCUCUCUCUCUCUCCCUUUUAAUGGUGUCUGUUAUUCGCAAAGAGAUCUAUCCGUCCCAUUCUCAGAGGGUUCGAUUGCGCACAUUCAAACUUUUCUCUCUGUUUCGACAUCUAGGAUGGGGCGGGUCAAGUUGAAGAUAAAAAGGUUGGAGAGUAGUACCAACCGCCUUACGACCUAUUCAAAAAGGAAGAAUGGGCUCAUCAAGAAAGCUAAUGAAUUAUCAGUGUUGUGUGACAUUGACAUUGUCCUUCUCAUGUUCUCACCCUCUGGCAGGCCUGUGAUGUGGAAAGGAAGGAAUAGUAUCAUUGAAGGAAUUAUUGAAAGAUUUGCCGAAUUAACUCCACAGGAAAGGGCAAAAAGGAAGUUGGAGAGCUUUGAUGCUUUGAAAAGAUCCUAUAGGAAGUCAGAUCAUAUUGUAAAUGUACAAGAUUUCUUCGGUUCAAGUUAUGAAAAAAUUGGGGAUUUGACUAUUCAAGCAAAUUUAUUGCGAACUCAACUUUCAGAAAUUCAGAAGAGACUGAGUGAUUGGAAUAACCCAGAUAAGAUUGAUAGUUUUGAGCUUUUGGAGCAAAUGGAAGAUUAUAUGAGGGAAUUGUUUGAUCAAAUUCAAACACAAAAGCAAUUCUCGGCAGUGGGGUGCACUAAUCAGUUCCAGAAUGGCAUGCAUGUGCCUUUCAGCUUCGGUGUUGAGCAUCAGGUUCGACAUUUGAAGGAGCCAAACUUGCUUCCCAAAAGGUGUCUUUUUUCUAGGGAAACAGAACUCUCUGCAGGUAACUCCUUUGCGAACGUUUUGGGUUACUUUGGCACUGUUGAAAAAGAAGAUAUUGCUUGUACUGGGCAAGAAAGUGGUGUCCUGAAUGAGUUACUUGGAACUGAAUCUUUGAGGAAUGAAUUAAUUGGUUUAAGAACUGGAACUUUGAGGAAUGAGUUGACAAAAACUGAAUGUUUGAAUAAUGAGUUGAUGAAAACAGAAUCCUUGAAGAAUGAGUCAAGCAACGGGUCAGACAAUUUUCAUAGUUUGCAGUUGCAAAAUGGGAUGCAUCUGCCUUUCAGUUUGGGUGUUGAGCAGGUUCAACAGUUUUCAUGGAUUCAGAAUGAUAAUAAUCAACAUAUGGCGUCACCAAAGGAAUCAAAUCUGUUUCCCAGAAGGGGAACCGAGCUUUUGGCAGGUAACUCCUUUGGGAACUAUUCUGGGUACUUUGGUACCACUGAAAAGCCAGACAUUGCUAGCAUUGGGCAAGCAAGUGGCGUCCUGAGCGAGUUACUGAGAACCGAAUCUUUGAUGAAUGAGUUGAUUGGUUUAAAAAGUGAAACUUUGAGGAAUAAUUUGACACAGAAUGAAUCUUUGAUGAAUGAUUUGAUAAAAACAGAAUCCUCGAGUAACAAGCUAAUAAAAUCCGAGUUUUUGACCAAUGAGUUGAUAAAAACUGAACAUUUGAUGAAUGAGUUGAUAAAAACCGAAUCCUUGAGGAAAGAGUUGAUAAAAGCCGAACCCAUGAGAAAUGAAUUGAUGAACAGCAAAUCCUUGAGGAACGAGUUGAUCAAUACCAAAUCUUUGAGGCUACAGCUGUAUGGGCAAGACUCUUACCCACCAUUCAAUUUCAGUAUUCUACCUGAUAAUAAAUUCCAACCAGCACAACAAACGAACUUGCAACAAAGUAUUGACGAUUAUUGUGCUGAAGGAAACUUUGAACAGCCUCAAUCUGGGUAUGAUUCCAUGCAUUGUAAUUGUGCUUCUACGUCCGGGCCUUCCAGCAUUGCUACUUUUGAUGAGUAUUUAUACCCCCAGGAUCGGAUCUCCAAGUAGCAGAUUGAGACUGGUCAUAGAGUUGGAGACCUCUAUGUGGUGGAAAGUUUACAUCUCCAUCUGUCCACCUCUUUAAUUUUUUUUUCUUCAUUUUAGUUAGAUUCUCAGCCAAGUCAGUUUUAUUUGUGGCAUUUUAGAUUAGGUCAUUUAUCUGUUGACCACUUAAGGUCUUUAGCUUAGUCAAGAUUGUUGGGUAAAGUUUUCCUUAAUCAAAUUACUGAAUGUCAGGGUUGUAAACUUGUCAAAAUGACAACAUUACCUUUUAAUAAUAGUACUUCUAUUUCUGAUACCCCGUUUUCUUUAGUCUAUACUAAUGUUUGGGGCAUUCUCUUGUUCUCACCAAAAGGGGUUCUGCAUACUAUGUGUCAUUUGUUGAAGAUUGCACCUGUUACACUUAGGUUUAUCUUAUGAUUCAUAAAUCCGACUUCUACCAGAUAUAUCGUACUUUUUAGUCUAUGAUCACUAUCCAAUUUGGGUCUACUAUUAAAAUGUUGUGGUCUGAUUUAGAUGGAGAAUACUUUAAAACUGAGUUUUGUGAGUAUUUAGCUACUUUAGGUACCAUUCACCAAACUUCCUGUUCUGAUACACCUGCCCAGAAUAGCAGGGUUGAGCGUAAACAUCGUCAUAUGCUUGAGACUACUCGGUCUCUUCUUCUUUCUUCCUUUGUUUCGACCCCAUUCUGGGGUGAGGCAGUUCUUAUUACUAUUUUUCUUCUCAACUGUAUGCCUACUCUUCUUUCUAAUCGCUCUCCUUAUGAGGCUCUGCUUUCCCACGUACCUAAUUACUCUCUCCUUCAAGUCUUUGGAUCUGCUUGUUUUGUCCCUAUUCUUCUCCAUACGAUAGGACCAAAAUUAGUGCUCAGUCUGUCUUGUGCGUCUUUUUGAGUUAUAGUCUUACUCAAAAUGGCCAUCGUUGUUAUGAUCUUGACUCUUGUCGCUUUUAUGUCUCCCGCCAUGUUGCUUUUCUCGAAUGUUUGUCUUACUUUCAAUUUCUUCCUAUCACUGUCCCUGUUUCCAAAGAGAAUUUGGUUCACAUUGAUUUAUUUCUUUCUGAGGUCCCUCCUAAUUAGUACAUCUUUACUGUUUCCUUUUCUCCUCCUGCUCCCCCUCCUACUGAGUACAUCUCUAUUGUUCCCCAUAAGCCUGUUUCCAUUUCUCCUCCUGCUCUUUCUCCUCAUCCAUUGUUAGUUUAUUCUCGUCGCAAGGCUCUUCUCCCACCAAUUGUUUUUGUCCAUGCUGCUGCUCCUCUUGCUUCUGAUGACACUGAUCUUGAUGAUUGUUAGUAUCCCUUUUGUCAAAGCAAGGCCAUGGUAAAACUUGAUUUUUUUAAUACUUAUUUUUCUCCUUCAUAUUGUACCUUUUUGUCUAAUAUUCAUUCCUUUUCAAAACCCCAGUCUUACAAGGAGGCCUAUCAGGAUCCUAAUUGGGUUCAAGCUAUGGAGGAUGAGUUGUUUACAAUGCAAAAGACUUUCUUGAGAGCUGGUUCCUUUUCUUGCUGAUAAGAAUCUGAUUGGUUGCAAAAUGAUCUAUAAAGUCAAGACUUAUUCAGAUGAUUCUUUCAAGUGCUACAAAACUCGCCUGGUUUCAAAAGGUUUCUCACAGGAGUAUUGUCUUGAUUAUGAGACUUCUGCCCUUGUCACUAAAAUGACUAUUGUUCGUACGUUGAUUUCUGUAGUUGUCCGUCAAUGACCUCUCUAUCAAAUGGAUGCUAAGAAUGCUUUUCUUAAUGGUCAUCUCACUAAGGAGGUUUACAUGUGUCCUCUCCCUUUUCUUCCUCAUUCCUCUGGACAUGUUUUGUCGCCUUUGACAUACUCUUUAUGGUUUGAAGCAAUCUCCCCAUGCUUGGUAUGAUUGCUUUUUAGACUGUUGUUACUCAACUUGGGCCUCAUUUUUGUGCCCAAGAUUUUGCUUUGUUCCCAAGAUUUUGCUUUGUUUUUUCUCCACACUUCUGUUGGUUUUGUUAUCUUGUUACUUUAUGUGGAUGAUAUGAUCAUCAUUGGUUCUUAGUCCUCUGCGCAGUGGGGGAGGGUCGAUGGUGGGGAAGGGGGCUUGCAUUGGAGAGAGGGUUGCAUUGUAGAGGAGGGCAUUGGAGGAGGUGACAGUAGCAGCCAGAGGUGAAGGUAGGGGUUAGGGUUAGGAUUAGGGUUAUGGUUGGGGUUAGGAUUAGGGUUAGGGUUAGGUUGCAUUGCGGAGGGGGGCAUCAGAGGAGGUGGGAGCAGCAGCCAGAGGUGAAGGUGGGUUAGGGUUAGGCUUUAGGAAAUGAGGCUGAAAUUGGAAAUAAGGUAGGGGUCCAAAGAAAAAACUAUUAAGUUUAAAAAUUUAGAGAUGGUGUCCAUAAAG